AUGUGGCCGUCUUUAAUAUCGAAAGCUAAACAAGGAGGAGUUCAUGCUAUUGAUACCUAUGUAUUUUGGAAUCUACACGAGCCUCAGCCAGGAAAGUAUGAGUUCAGUGGAAGAAACGAUAUAGUGAGAUUUAUCAAGGAAGUUCAAUCUCAAGGCCUUUAUGUUUGUCUAAGGAUUGGGCCUUUUAUAGAGGCCGAAUGGUCAUACGGAGGCCUUCCAUUUUGGCUCCAUGAUGUUCCCGACAUUGUAUUUCGUUCCGAUAAUGAACCGUUUAAGAUUCACAUGCAAAAUUUUGUCACGAAAAUAGUGAAUAUAAUGAAAUCCGAGAAUUUAUUUGCCUCACAAGGAGGACCUAUCAUACUAUCUCAGAUUGAAAACGAAUAUCAAAAUGUGGAAAGAGGUUUUGGCGACAAAGGGCCACCUUAUGUCCGUUGGGCUGCGGCGAUGGCUGUGGGCCUCCAGACCGGUGUGCCAUGGUUUAUGUGCAAGCAAGACGAUGCUCCGGAUCCCGUGAUUAAUGCCUGCAACGGAUUGAAAUGUGGGGAGACAUUUGUAGGACCAAAUUCCCCAAAUAAGCCAGCAAUUUGGACUGAAAACUGGACACAUUACUAUGAUGUGUACGGCAAUGCCCCCAGAAUCAGAUCGGCUGAAAACAUUGCAUACCACGUUGCUCUAUUCAUAGUAAAAAUGAAUGGAAGCUACAUCAAUUAUUACAUGUUUCACGGUGGUACCAAUUUCGGAAGCAACGGUUCUGCAUUCGAGCUAACUAGCUACUAUGAUCCAGCUCCACUAGACGAAUAUGGUUUGAUCAGACAACCAAAAUGGGGACAUUUGAAGGAACUUCAUGCCGCAGUCAGUCAAUGUUCAAACACCCUACUAUAUGGAACUCAAACUAUAAUCUCUUUGGGCGAAUUGCAACAAGCCUAUGUAUACAAGGGAGAGAGAGACGAAUGUGCAGCAUUUCUUGUGAACACAGACGGGGCACACGAUGCAAACAUCCAAUUUCAAAGUCGAACAUAUGAAAUUCCUCGAAAAUCAAUUAGCAUAUUACCAGACUGCAAAAUAGAGGCAUUCAACACAGCGAAGGUGAGCAGUAAUGAAAGUACAAGAACAAGGACACCAGUGGUGAAGUUGGACUCAAAAGAGAUAUGGGAAGAAUUGCAUGAAUCUAUUGCAGUGUUUGAUAAGACCUCUUUGAAAUCAAAUAUUUUGCUAGAGCAAAUGAACACCACCAAAGAUACAUCUGAUUAUCUAUGGUACACUUCUAGUUAUGAGCAAUCUGAGGAGCAGUCUACUACGAUAAGAGUAAAUUCUCUUGGUCAUGUGUUGCGCAUAUUUGUCAAUGGCAAAUUUAUUGGUACGGGACAUGGGUUAUACAGAAAUCAAAGUUUCAUUUUGGAGAAAAAAGUCACAUUGAGAAAAGGAGUAAACGACAUUUCCUUGCUAAGCAUAAUGACUGGAUUACCGGAUUCAGGAGCAUAUAUGGAGCGUAGAGCAUCAGGAUUGGAGAAUGUGAGAAUUGGAGAUAAAGAUUUAUGGAACCUUUCAUGGGGAUAUCAGGUUGGGUUAAAGGGAGAAAGCAUGCAAGUUUACACACAAGAUGGAUCAAGAAGAGCAAAAUGGAACAAAUUUUGCUCAUCUUCUCAUCCAUUGAAGUGGUACAAGUCAAAAUUUGAUGCACCCAAAGGCAAUGAUCCAGUUGCACUAAAUUUGGGGACAAUGGGGAAAGGACAAGUUUGGAUCAAUGGUGAAAGCAUAGGUCGAUAUUGGAUCUCAUUUCUCAACCCUCAAGGCUCUCCUUCACAAAUAUGGUAUCACAUACCAAGAUCAUUCUUGAAGCCUAGAGAUAACUUGCUAGUGAUGUUUGACGAAGAAGGGGGCAAUCCUCUAGGCAUAUCAGUAGAUACUGUAACAAUAACAUACUAA